UCGACGCCCAUAACCUAAGCCUUUUCUAGUAGCUCUCCUAAGACAGAUGGUAAGAAUAGGUACAGCAAUGCAGAGUCCCUCUUUUAUGGUUGAUUCAUUAAUCUCCAAGAAAGGCACAGAAGUUGCGCAAAAUGCUGAAAAAGAUGCUGAACAUUCACAUGGUGAUCGUAAGUCCGCAUUUUCCUCACAGUUACCAAAGAGAGAGUUUUCUACUACAGUUUGUAACUGUCAGCCAUGUCAGCAACCUCUACCUGGUUUUACUGCCAUUAGCCAGCAAGUUUCGAGCCCUCCAAGAUUUAUGACUCUUCAGUCUAUGGCUGGUGUUAGUGUCCCUACACCAGUAUAUUUACCAAAAAGUCCACAAAGAAGAAAACGAAAGGAAAAUAAACCUAGAAGACAAAGAACAACAUUUACAAGCGAACAAACGUUAAAGCUUGAACUGGAGUUUCAUCAGAACGAAUACAUCACUCGCUCAAGACGGUUUGAACUCGCUGCAUGUCUGAGCCUCACCGAAACACAAGUGAAAAUAUGGUUCCAGAAUCGAAGAGCAAAAGACAAACGUCUGGAGAAAGCACAAAUGGAACAGCAAGUUAGAUUAGCAAACUACACUAACACCAUGACAUACCCAGCAUCAUACUUGAACUACUACUCGCCUCAUUAUUUCAAAAAUGCCCCAACUAUUCAUUCUCCUUCCGUCAGUAUAAGCCAGAGGAUAUCUUAGGAUUAUACCUCGAACAGAGAAUUGACUAUCUAGUUUUUGUACAUUGUAUUUGGUUUUCUCUAGAUUUGGGAACAUGAUAGAUUUGUUAAGUGGUAGAUGUGCUGGCCUAAAACUGCCAUCACUUCUGUCAGUUUACAAACAUCUGAAUCCUAAUUGAUAGUAAUGUUUGGGUUAGUUAACUGCUACAUUUGACACGCCAUUUUGUCUUCGCUAUAUCCUCCCGCGUACGUCAGUCAGUCUGAUGAAAGAAGGCAAGGCAGGCGGAUAAGUUUAAGCCAUCGAUGAGAACCUUCACCCGCUGUUGUAAAAUAUUUCUACUGAAAAAUAUUGUAAAUAGCUCAUAAUUAUUCGUUGUAGUACAUACAUUACAUCGUCUUGUACUAGCUCGCACUUAGGCGUUUGAACACUAUGAUUAAUAACAAUAAACAAACAUGAAUGGUUUUGUAAAACAACAUGAUUGCCUGACAUAAUAAAGAAAUUGUUAAUCGUCAAUGCAA